AGGGCGGGUUCUGCAACGCGGAAGACGACACGGGAACUAGUGGGACGAUGCUACCGGCAGAUUAGGAAAGCAGUAAAUAUUUUAAACUCGUUUUAUAUAUUUCACAAUCCGUUUUUGUUACUUUUACAGUAUUUCAGAAAUGAAGAUCUGGAGCACGGAACAUAUAUUCAGCUAUCCUUGGGAGACGGUGAUCAAAGCGGCGAUGAGAAAAUACCCAAAUCCGAUGAACCCCAGUGUGGUAGGAGUGGACGUCCUGGACAGGAACCUGGAUAAACAUGGCCGUCUUCACAGCCACCGGCUGCUGAGCACUGAGUGGGGUCUCCCGAGUGUGGUGCGAGCGAUACUGGGAACAAGUCGAACCACUACUUAUGUUAAAGAGCAUUCCAUUGUUGAUCCUGAAGAGAAGAAAAUGGAGCUAUGCUCAACAAAUAUAACCCUCACAAAUUUAGUAUCUGUUGAUGAGAGACUAGUUUAUAGACCACAUCCUGAAAACCCAGACGUCACAAUCUUAACCCAAGAGGCAAUAAUCACCGUGAAAGGAGUCAGUUUGAGCAGCUACCUCGAGGGAUUGAUGGCUCUUAGUAUGACUGCUAACGCAAGAAAGGGAUGGGAUGCAAUUGAGUGGAUCAUUAAGAAUUCUGAACGGGAGAACGUACCAUUAUGUGACAUGUGCUGAACAGCAGUUACCUCCAGCAUCUCAGUAAUAAAACGGGCGAGUGUGAGUGUGUGUGUGAUGGUCAGCAUCAGCACCAGCGCUGGAACAACAUCCGAGUUUACACCUCUCUCUCUCUCUCUUUCCUGUCUCUCUCUCUCUCUCUCUCUCUCUCUCUCUCUCUGUGUUGUACAGUAAGUGUGUGCUUCUUUGAUCGAGUGAAGCACCACAGUGAAACUCUCCUAAAAUGCAUUGAACUGCACUUUUAAAGCCAAUAUACAAUUUGUUGAAGUCACUGUUGAAUUAUAGAAUAUUGAAUUGAACAUCAAUAUGCACUUCAAAUGCUCUCACUACCUCCUUUUAAGAAUCUUCGGUCAUCUGUUAGGGUUAUUGUGUAAAUGAGAUGUCUCUGUUAUGCGAAGCAUGUUUACUGUGUUGUUAGUGUUUUUUUUUAUUAUUAAUUUAUUAAUAUUGAUAACUUAAUAAUUCAUUCAAAAUGUUUACACUUUUUUUUUGUUCUUUAUCUUUGGUUAUGAAUGUAGGUUCAGAUAGAAGGUGGUAUGUUUAUUUGUGGUGGAGUACCUGUUACUUUUACAAGGACUAACAGCUAAACUUUAGCUUUAGCGCUUUAGGGUGUUUUUUAUUUGUUUGUGAUAGUAUAACACAAUGUUAUAUGAUCAGAUUUACUGUUUUCCGUUACAUUUGUAUGACCUUUGAUGUAUUAUGUCAUCCAACCUCUAAUGCCAAUGCACAUUUACCAGUUCACAAAGAAUGUCUUUAUUUAUGAUAUAAAACGUGACAUUUUCAGCGUUUUUGUUCUCUGAAAUGAAAACCUUUCUAGACCAUCUGCUCAGAAUAAUGCUGUUUAAAUGGCCACUCCAGAAAUCUUAGGAUUUAUAUGUUCACUGUCUAUUAAUUUGCACAGAACUAAUUUAUUUAAUUAUACUUUAUGGGAAAUUGCAAGAAAAAAAUCUAGUCUGUGAUGUGUAAAUUGAAUAAUUAGUGUAAAAUGAAGCAUUGUUGGUUACUCGUAAGCCUGGCACACUUACUCAAGCUGACUGGGAUUGAGGUGAUUGCUUGUUAUAUUAAGAAUAUUAAGAAUUUAUUAUCCUAAAAUCAAAAGUUCUUGAUCAAAAGUUUUGGUCGAUGAUUUAGAAGCUCACUAUUUCAGUAUUAGCUUUUAAUAGAUUUUAGUCACUAUUAGUGUCGUGUCUUUCCUGUACUUUUUACACAGAAAUUCGGUUGUGUUCAUGAUAUCAGUGGCAGAAAAUCACCAGGAAAGACAUUUAAAUUGUUUACUGCAGUCAUUUGUGUGCCAGUGAAUUAUCAGCCAAUGUGUUUUAACCGUGCCAGGCCGAGGAACUAACUGAAGGACCAGCUCAAGUCCCUGAUGAUCAUGUGGCGGCUCAUAUUUGGUGCUAAAAUGUGUGCUUUUUGCUAAACGCUCUCUUCUCAGUGUUCUGAUGGGACAUGUGAGCGAAUUUAUCGAUGUGUUCUUGCUCUAUGUUAAUUUCUCAUGAAUGUUGGUUUAUUUUUUUAUUUUUAUUUUUACUAUUACUUGUUAAUUGCCAGAGUAGAUGCAGUGUGGCAGUAGUAAAAAAAAAUCAUACCAAGAUGUAUGUAUGUAUGUAUUGGUUUAUUAAUUUAUUGUACUUUUAUAUUGCAUGGUUUAUAUGAGCAGGGAUUAUCCCAAGACUGUUUCACAGAUUUGCUACAAACAGAAAUAUUAUGUAAAAUAAAUCACAUGAGUCCAACUGAAAACAAUUAAAGAAACAACAGUUUUCCCAGUACAUCACACUUUAAAUAACUAGAAAGAUUUCCCAGUAAUUUGUAUCAGCUUAUUCACGUCUCUGUCAUGUGCAUAUUAACACCAAAGUGCAGCAUACACAGGAAUCUUUGCUUUAAGAUUGAAGAUUUUAAUCUCUGCGAUUUAAGAUUGAAGACUUGUGUUUCACUGGUACAGAACCAGCAAAAAUUUGGGACAACAAAAUAAUGUUUUUUGUUUUAUGCUCCACCAACAAAUUAUAAGAGGCACAAUUUCAUGCAGCCUUCUCUGUAGACUCUUCUGACUACACAGUCUUCACUCUCAGCUCUUAAAAUACACUGUAUGACCUAAAGUAUGUGGUCACAUGACCGUAAUGUCCAUACGUUCUUGCUGAAUGUCUUAUUUCAUAUUCAGGCCCUUUUUCUUCCUCCACUUUUCUGGGCUUUCCACUAGAUUUCGGAAGCUGAAACAUUCAAUCAGAAGAGUGUUAGUAAUGAUGAGGAGGAGGUCUGGGGUGAAGCCAGCAUUCAAGAUCAUCCCACAAGUGUUGAGUGGGGUUGAGUCAGAGUCAGGAAUCGGUGCAGGUAGCUCAAGUUCUUCUACUCCAACCUUGGCAAAAGCAUGUCUUAGUUCCAGUGAAGGAAAUUAUAACGCUACAGCAUACAAAGACAUUCUAGGCAAAGAAUUGGUCAGGUGUCCACAUACUUUUGCUUAUACAGUCUGUCUUUGUUAAAUUGUGUCAUGAUGCAUGAUGGUUCUGAAAGCUACUGAAACCAUGGCAGCUUUUGAUAUCAACAAUUGAACCUUUUAUCACUUUGGUUUAAAAAAAAAGUAGUUUUUUUGUAUGUUCAUUCCAUUUGUUGAUAUUUUUGAACAGUAAAUUGUACCUUGUACUAAAACUAUUAAUAUUAAUUGUACUCAUUGGUUUCCAACCAUUUAUGAUCUUACAUGUCUGUCUUGUGUUUGUUAGUUCUACUAAAUUAUGGCUUUAACUUUGGGCACAUUGACCAUACAAUUGUCCUCAGCUUAGUUCUCACACUCCUGUAUUAGUGAAGAGGAUGUUGAGUUCUGUCAGGUCUUCGUCCUCAUUUGAAUGAAAGCAGCAACUAAAAUAAAGCAACAUGACCGUGUAAACCUG